AUGGUUAUUUUCGGAAAAGAUCUUUGUCGAUACAAAGAAAUGCUUUAUACAACAUUGCAACAUCCUAACUGUGCACGUGACUGUUUGAGUUUUAUCAAACAAAAGUAUCCAGAACUUCUUGAAGAAAACGUUUCUAAGUUCUCAGAAUGUCUUGUUAAAGCACUUAAACAACAUCGAAGAGCAGUGAACGAACUUUUGAUUGAAUUUGAAUCCGGUGACGAAAUCGAUAAAAUCAAAUCCGAUCUGGAUGAUUGCACAGAAAUGAUCAACAAGUUCUGCAAAGACUUCGAAGUUGAUAUGAUUGACGAUCAAACAGUUUAUGAAGGUAUUGUUGAUCCAAUGUCAUCAUUUUGUGCAUAUGAAAAUGAGUAUGAUUAA